AUGGCCUGUCUCGCCGCCCCGCCUCUCACCCGCUCUCGCGCGUCGUCCACAAAUGUUCGCCCGCCUCUCACUCUGAGCACCCUCGGCGCCCGCCGCAGGUCGAACUCUCUCCUCGACCUCCCUCCCCCGACGCCCUCUCCCCUGCUCUCUCCAUGCAACUCCCCCCACAACUCCCCCCUCGAACCGAACGCCAGUCCCCGUCUCGUUCCCCUCUCAAUCCCAUCAUCCAAGCCGGAUAGCCUCACCUCGUUUAUCUCCAAGGUGCUCCAGCUCUUCGGUCAUUCGCCCAUGCACUCGGUCCCGUCCACCCCAUCCUCCCCGCGCCAUAGUCGUGCCAGCACAGAUGACACUAUUCUCCCCAUGUCUGCCUCUCCAACGCGGUCCACCUUCGUUCAAUCUUUCCCGGAAAAGAACGUUGUCACAUGGGUGUGGCCUACGUCCCCAUCACAAUACACACCUGUGUUGCUUGUCCUCGUUCUCUUUCCGCUGUCCACCGCACUCGUUGUCUCGUCCAUGUACACACUCCCUAUCACCACAUUCUGGCCUGGCACCCUCCAAGACAUUGCCCAGCUUGGUCGCGAGCUCAGCGGGUUCUCACAAAGUGGUCCUGCAUCUAUGGCGCACGUCGUCGCUGUCAUCUCCGUCCUAACUAUGUGGAACCAUGCCUGGUCAAUACCGGGCAGCGUGCUCUGGAAUGUCCUCGCCGGAGCUCUCUUCUCACCAAUAUACGCGACUCUUUUAUUCACACUGCUGACCUCAGUGGGAUCUGUGUUUGCUACGCUCCUCGCAGCUCCGCUGGCACCCUUCCUUGAGCAUCUCUUCCCACGCGCUCUUGAUUUCACACGAAUAGCCUUGGAAGGCGACUCCCCCGGCUCCAGUACCAAAGCCAAGUCUUCAGCAUGGGUCCGCCUGUCUGUACUUCGGCUAAUAGGCAUAGUCCCUUGGUCUGGGAUUAACAUCACCUGCGGUGUCUGCCGAGUGGCGAUACGAGAAUGCUUUCUUGGCUCGCUCAUCGGCUCCCUGCCCUGGACGGCGGUGACGUGCCAAAUCGGCGACAUUCUCCAAACGGUUGCGUCGAAUCCCUCCCCUUCCAAACAGACAGUACAGUCGCUUCUAACGUCACCUGAGGUCUUAUUCAAACUCGCGUUCCUCACUAUCCUUUCCCUCGCGCCAAUCCUCGGUCGGAAUCGCCUGCGGGAGUGGCUAUCGCCGGCAGCAGCUCUCCUGGAUCAGGAGAUGUCGAGUGCGGCCGAGGAACGCGUUUCACGAUGGGUCUGGAUCAAGGAGUGGCAAGGGCGGAUCCGGUUACCGUCGCGCUCCAGGGCUCAGGAGGCGUUCCGCAAAGAGUUAGAGGUGCUGACACAGGAGAAAAACCAGAGUCUCCCUCUUUGA